GGGGGGACCUGGCAGCGGGCUAGGAGGCUGCGAGCGAGCCGCGAACCCGGCAGGCGGAGGGCGGCGAGCGCGCGCGCACCAUGGGAGAAAAACCCGGGACCAGGGUCUUCAAGAAGUCGAGCCCUAACUGCAAGCUCACUGUGUACUUGGGCAAGCGCGACUUUGUAGACCACCUGGACAAAGUAGAUCCUGUGGAUGGCGUGGUGCUUGUGGAUCCUGAGUACUUGAAGGACCGCAAAGUGUUUGUGACCCUCACCUGCGCCUUCCGCUAUGGCCGAGAAGACCUGGAUGUGCUGGGCCUAUCCUUCCGCAAAGACCUGUUCAUCGCCACAUACCAGCCCUUCCCCCCCACGCCCAACCCACCCCGGCCCCCCACCCGACUGCAGGACCGGCUGCUGAAGAAGUUAGGCCAGCAUGCCCACCCCUUUUUUUUUACAAUACCCCAGAAUCUGCCCUGCUCAGUCACACUGCAGCCAGGACCGGAGGACACAGGGAAGGCCUGCGGAGUAGACUUUGAGAUCCGAGCCUUCUGUGCCAAAUCACUAGAAGAAAAGAGCCACAAAAGGAACUCCGUGCGGCUCAUCAUCAGAAAGGUGCAGUUUGCUCCAGAGACACCCGGCCCCCAGCCCUCAGCUGAAACCACACGCCACUUCCUCAUGUCUGACCGGAGGUCCCUGCACCUAGAGGCUUCCCUGGACAAAGAGCUGUACUACCACGGGGAGCCCCUCAAUGUCAACGUCCAUGUCACUAAUAAUUCUGCCAAGACAGUCAAGAGGAUUAGAGUCUCUGUGAGACAGUAUGCCGACAUUUGCCUCUUCAGCACCGCACAGUACAAGUGUCCAGUGGCUCAGCUUGAACAAGAUGACCAGGUGUCCCCCAGCUCCACGUUCUGCAAGGUGUACACCGUGACCCCACUGCUCAGCGACAACCGGGAGAAGCGUGGCCUUGCCCUGGACGGGCAACUCAAACAUGAAGACACCAACCUGGCUUCCAGCACCAUCGUGAAGGAAGGAGCCAACAAGGAGGUGCUGGGGAUCCUGGUAUCCUACAGGGUCAAGGUGAAGCUGGUGGUGUCUCGAGGCGGAGAUGUCUCCGUGGAGCUACCUUUUGUCCUCAUGCACCCUAAGCCCCAUGACCACAUCACCCUUCCCAGACCCCAGUCAGCUCCCCGGGAAACAGAUGUCCCCGUGGAUACCAACCUCAUCGAAUUCGACACCAACUAUGCCACAGACGACGACAUUGUGUUUGAGGACUUUGCCCGGCUGCGGCUGAAGGGGAUAAAGGAUGAUGACGGUGACGACCAGUUCUGCUAGGAGGAGGGGCUGGGAGAGGUAGGGGCAGGACUGAGGCCCCACCCACCGCCGUCGCGGGUGGGAGGGCCCCGGCCUCUCCUUCCCCGCCCGCGCGAGAUGUACACUGGACCCGUCACUUCUUGAAAGUGGGCAUUAAUCUUUUGACUUCGGUCCUGCCGCCCCAGCCCUGGUCCCUGGGGUGGCGUGCUGUGGGCACACCGGAAGUUGUGGGAAGGGAACGCUGCAAACAAGGAAGGAAUAGGAAGAACUCCCACAUUUGGCCUCGUACCAAUCCGCCACGCCCCUCCCCACCCCCA